AUGAUCGACGGCAGAAAUAGUACGGAGAAAAAGUACAAGCAAGCUGACGACGAUGGCGGUGAAAGUGGCGGCGAUGGCGGAGACAGCAAUAUUGACGGCUAUAACGCACCCUACCGCGGUGAUGGUGAUGCAAGCACCCCACGCAGUAAUACUGAGCAAGAUCAAGCAAGUAACAAUUCACCGACAAGAACACAAGCAGCCUUUAUCAAUAAGUUAUACCGAAUGCUAGAAGACUCGACGAUCCGCCACCUCAUCUGCUGGUCCGAGAAUGGCGAUCAAUUUAGUGUCACCAAUCCAACAGUGUUCUCGAGGACAGUUUUACCACAAUACUUUAAGCACAACAAUUGGCAAAGCUUUGUUCGACAGCUCAACAUGUAUGGGUUCCACAAGGUCAACGACAUGAUCUAUUCGAAUCUUUCAAGCGACAACCAGAAUUGGGAGUUUCGUCAUCCUUCAUUUCGUCGAGGUGCCGUAGAGGAACUCAAAAAUAUCAAACGUAAAAGUGUCAAAUCCCGUCAUCAAUUACAGGCCGGUCAAGCCUCCUCAUCUACCUUUCCUAGUGGUGGUGCUGAAAGCGACGACUACCUCUUUGGCUCCGUCUACAGACAUCUGGUGGAUGUAGAGGACCGCGUUCGUGUAGCUUCACAUGCAUACGAAUUACUUGUUGGAGAAACCAAUGCUCUUCGUUCAGUCAUUGCUGGUCAACAGGAAGUCAUCAAUGAUAUCGCCGAUAUGAUCAUGGCAUUAGCAUCCGAUGAGCCUGGUCAACAAACGAGAGUGGAGACUAUACGACAACAGCUAACAAACAUGCCAUCCAUGCUAUCUGAUUAUCCUCAAACACGUGCUCAACAUCAACAACAGCAUUACAUCCAUCAACAACAGCAACAAGGAAUGGCAUCAGAAGCAUCCGCAUCAUUGCCUCGGUUGUCCAAUAUCACCAACCCAUUAGCCAUUCAUCCACUAUCAACACCACCAGCAGCAACGAGAAAACCAAUACCAUCCCACCAUCCACAUUUGCAACAACAACAACAACAACAACAACGCUUGCCGUCGAUCGGCUCUGUUGGUGCCAAUAUGGUUUUAGAGGAGGAUUUGACAGCAGCUGCCACUAUGCUUCGACCACCGGUUGCUAUGCAACAGUCAUCAUUGAUGCACCCUACUACUACUACUACUGCUGCUGGAGUGAUGAGCUACGUUGAUUCAAGAAUGCAAGAAGCAACAUGUGUUUCACGACCUGGUAGCAGUAAGAGUAACACGCCGGCUGCCGAUACCUUUAGUGGAAAAAAGCCGCAUGCAGAAAACAAGAACCAUACCUAUGACAAGUCAAGAGAGGAUCAGAACAAUGAUGGAUCUCCCAACUCAGUACGCUUAGGCUUAGGACGGCAAUCAUGGUUAUUGAAUCCUAUUCCACCACCACCACCAUCUGAUGAUCACAAGCAAAAAGGAGUAAAACGGCAGCGAACACCCGAAAGUUGA